GCAGUGUUUGUGUGGUUUGGUGUGAUGUGGAUAUGUUUGUGUGUGGUGUCCUCUUUCCUCAUGCGCAACAAGCCAGCAUGGCCAGAGAUUAAUUAUUCAAGGGCUGCCAGCAAAGGGGGAAGUCACCUGAUAGUACGGACUUACAAUAUUACAAACAGAUAUCAGGUGAAACGCUAGACUUUGCUUCAUCUUCAUCCUUUCUCACUCCGUUCAAUUUUUUUGUUGCUGCUGCACAUGAAGACCUGAAAGAGAACUUUCUCUCUCUCACACACACUGCCUGUUGGGAGCUCUUUAUUUUUUCUAUUUCUGUGUUUUUUUUCUUUCCUCUGUUAACAGAUUUUCAGCUUUUUUCUUUUUCGCCAAUGCUUGUCCCUAACAAAGUGAGCCUCGGACGCUCCCACAGUUGGGACACGUUAGGGGGGAAUGAGGGUCAGUGGGAAAGACCUGACAGCGUGUACGAACAGCAGGCAAGAGUAACAGGCCGGCGGAGCUCUUUGUCAUACGGAGAGGGAGGAGGGUGGUAUGAGCCACCACCUGGGGUGCGUCUUCCUGACCUCGAUUUGAAACGCGACCCGUAUUCCUACCAAGAUUCCCUUUACGGACAGGUUUACGCCGAGAGACACGACCCACGGGGGCUUAGGAAGGGCUCUGUGCCAGAUCUAAACCACUACGAACGAGUGCCCAUGGCUCAUCGAGGAUCCAUUCCACACCAGGACUAUUACUCCCAUGACCCAGCCAUGACUCCUCGGCCACCGGAGGCCUUUUACCGAUCUGAGCAUCAGCCUCCGCUGCCUCAUCCUCUCAGCAGGUCAGGCUCACAUUUAGGAAUGACACCUGGGGCUCGUACUGCGUGGGAUCAAGGUCAGGUAGUGCGGGCUGGAUCUCAAGGGCCCCCAUCACCUUUACCUCCUCCCCCUCCUCCAAGCACUCAUGAAUUGAAUAGGGCAUAUAGGGAACCUGGUGCUAUAACUUCUGCUAAGAUAUCCCCUCGAGACCCCCCUCCUGCUCACUAUGGAAUGGAGCAGCCGUCUCCUCGGUAUGCCAGUGAGCCUCCGCCUCUGACAAGUCAGUCCGUUUAUACUGAUGCUAAUGGCCGCCCUCUGGAUCCGCAGCAGCAGGCUGCCACCUGUCUAGUGGUAGAUCCAGCCAGUCAAAGCAUGAUUAUGAGGCAAGAGACAGCCUCACCGUUAACCAUCCAGCAACAGCAUCAAUUACAGCAUCAGCAACAAAUACAGCAGCAACAGUUACAACAGCAGCAACAAAUACAACAGCAACAGUUACAACAGCAUCAACAAAUACAACAGCAGCAGUUCCAACAGCAACAACUUCAGCAGCAGCAGUUACAGCAGCAACAACUACAACAGCAACAAAUACAACAACAGCAAAUUCAGCAACAGCAUCUUCAGCAAGAACAGUUGCAGCAACACCAUCUGCAACAGCAACAACCUCAACCUCUGCCACCUCCGCCUACCAUGCCGGUCACUGACCCUAACCUUUCUAUGGCUGCACCACUUCCUGCUCCACCUACUCCAGUCCAUACUGCAGCAAUUGCCCCUGCUGCACCUCCACCUCUGCAAGUGGUUCCAACUCCAGCCCCUCCUCCCCCAGCUACUCCACUCCCUGCCCCUCUUCCCGCUCCUCCACCAACCGCCCCACAGACUCCUUUGCCAGUGGAUCCCAAGAAGUCGGUCGAUCCAGAGUUUCUUUCUCUGUUGCGAAACGAGGGCCUCUCAGAGAGCACCAUCUCCUCACUUAUCCAGCAGGGGUUUGACUCCACUAGCAUGCUGGCUGUCAUGGAGGAGAAUGAUGUCCGCACAGUUGCCCCAAACCUCGGUCAGGCUCGUGUGCUGUCUCGCCUGGUCCACCAUUACAAGCGCCCAAUAGAAGCUACACCAGCCCCCUCCCAACCUCAAACGCCCAUGCGAGGUCGCUCUAAUAGCUUUAGCCAUCGCGCAGACAUCUAUCAACCACACCACCACCAUCAUCAUCCACCACAUACCCCACAACCUUUAGCAGUAGAUCCCCAACUAAUGCCCCCACCAACACCUGGGGCCAUGCAAACUAUCUCUCCGCGGAUGGGAGAAGUAAUCGGUAGAAGGCCCAGCAGUGCUCCCUCGCAGCAGUUACUGGAGGCCUCUGGAGGAUACCCAGGCCAACCCCCUCGUUCACCAGGGCCAUACGCUGGAGCCCUCAUGCCUGUCCAGUCAAGACCCAUGUCAGCCUACUCUUCUGGGAUGCCAGGGGUGCCUAUGCCAGGUAUGCAGAUAAUGCCUCACCAGAUGACUGGGUCAAUGCCUGCCAUUGCGGGGUCCAUUCACUCGAUGCCAGGUAUGCCACAGCAGAUGCCUAUAUCCAUGCCUGCUUUACCACAGCCACCGCAACAGGUACCAAAAGCAUACUCUACCAACUACACAGUGCCCAUAGAGCUGAUGAAGAGGGACAGGAACUUAGUGCCAUUGUCACCCAUGCACAGCCCUCACCCUAGUCCUCAGCUGAUCCGAAAGGGUGGGGGACCAGGAUCAGACAAUGCUCUCGUUCCCGUGGGAGCACCCGUUCAAGGCCAAGGUGCCCUGGCUGCUAACCAGAAGCUAAGUCGACGCACGGGUCCACCAGUCAUCGUGUCGACUAUGGCAUCUCCAGAUACAAGUAUUCGGCCCCAGAUUAUGAACGGGCCUAUGCACCCGCGCCCUCUGGUGGCGCUGCUGGAUGGGCGCGACUGCACUGUGGAGAUGCCCAUCCUCAAAGAUCUGGCCACCGUGGCUUUCUGUGACGCUCAGUCCACGCAGGAGAUACAUGAAAAGGUGCUGAAUGAGGCCGUAGGGGCCAUGAUGUACCACACCAUCACCCUGACCAGAGAGGACUUGGAGAAGUUCAAGGCGCUGCGCAUCAUCAUUCGCAUCGGCAGCGGCUACGACAACAUCGACAUCAAGGCUGCCGGGGAGCUCGGCAUUGCAGUGUGUAAUAUUCCCUCAGCGGCCGUAGAAGAAACAGCAGACUCGACGCUUUGUCACAUCCUUAACCUGUACCGGCGAAACACCUGGCUGUACCAGGCUCUUCGGGAGGGCACGCGGGUCCAGAGCGUGGAGCAGAUCCGGGAGGUGGCGUCAGGAGCAGCCAGGAUCCGAGGAGAGACGUUGGGCCUGAUCGGAUUUGGUCGUUCAGGCCAGGCAGUGGCCAUGCGGGCCAAGGCGUUUGGCUUCAACGUGAUCUUCUACGACCCCUACCUCCAGGACGGCUUGGAGCGCUCGCUGGGCGUGCAGCGAGUCUAUACUCUCCAGGACUUGCUCUACCAGAGCGACUGCGUCUCCCUGCACUGCAACCUGAACGAACACAACCACCACCUCAUCAACGACUUCACCAUCAAACAGAUGCGUCAAGGUGCUUUCUUGGUCAACUGUGCACGUGGGGGUCUAGUGGAUGAGAAGGCUUUGGCUCAGGCCCUGAAAGAAGGAAGGAUACGGGGCGCCGCCUUGGACGUCCAUGAGUCAGAACCUUUCAGCAGUUUUUCCCAAGGUCCGCUAAAAGACGCCCCCAACUUGAUCUGCACACCCCACACUGCCUGGUACAGCGAGCAGGCAUCGCUGGAGAUGAGAGAGGCCGCUGCCACAGAAAUCCGCAGAGCCAUAACCGGCCGUAUUCCCGAGAGCCUCCGAAACUGCGUCAACAAAGAGUUCUUUGUUACCACGGCGCCUUGGGGAAUGAUAGAGCAGCAGCAGCCUCAAGUUCACCCAGAGAUCAACGGUGCCGCCUACAGAUUUCCUCCUGGCGUGGUGGGCGUCGCCCCCGGUGGGAUUCCCGGACCUAUGGAGGGGUUGGUUGCCGGGGGAGUUCCCAUCGCCCACACCCUGCCCCCUGGCACCCAUCCGUCACAGGCCACCUCCCCCAAUCAGCCCUCCAAACACGGCGACCCCAUGAGAGAGCACAUGACUGAGCCAUAGGACUGCUGCUGUAGCUGAGAAGAGGAGGAAACUAAAAAUUGAUGUAAACUAAAAAAACAAACAAACCCAGCGACCUAACAACUCAACCAUCCGACUAUACGUACGCUUGAUUUCAGCCAUCCGAACCUACCAGCAGACUGCCUGCCGGGCAACGUUUCACACUUUUUCUUCUUUCUUUUUUUUUUUUGUGAAACCACUAAGUGAGGACAGUGGACGUUAAUACACAAAUGAGCUGCCACACGGAUCUGAAAUCUCCCCUCCCUUCAUAUCUUUUAUCUUCAUUCCUUCUCGAUUUACACAAUGCUUUUUGUUUUAGUAUAUUUUAGGGAGAUUUCCUCCUGACUUAUGGGACACGUUGACAGUAGCCACGUGCAGGAUGGAAACCCUCCCCUCAAGCUCAACAGGACGACUCUGUUUCCUUCAGUCGCGCCCAUUUCAGCACAAACAUACCCUGUGUUUAGUUUUUUUUUUCUUAGACUUUCUUCUUUUUAUCCUAUAUUACUGUGUUUCUGUUCUUCAGUGUGUGAAAAUGAACAGAUUUACAGUUUUCAGACAAGAAAAGAAAAACAAACUGCACUCCAUCUUUGCCGGCUAGAGGCCGCCUGAGUGAAGAGAUGGGAUGCGGGGCAGUAGAUGUGGAAAAAUCAUCCUUUCAAACCAAAAAGGAGGAAAUAUAAAGAAUAAAAAAUGGCAGGCUUUCAUGGUUAAAUAUCGUACAUGGACCGCGUCACUUAAAUUAUGUAUUCCUGUUGUAACUUUUCCAAACUCUGCUGAACUGAGGUACUUUUAUUUAGUUAAAGUGGCGAACAGUGUCCCAAAUAUUAUCUGUUUGCAUCCAAAGGACCUUUGGAGAAAAAGAAAAAAGCUUCUGAAGUAUGACAGCUUUUGGAAAAACAAAAACAGCAAAUCUCUUACUGACUCAGGAACAAUAUAAUAACCUUCAAUUCUGUCCAAAAAGGAAUAGAAAAAAGUUAAAAAAAAGAAAAUAGGUCUUGAUUACUGCUCCUCACGUCUCCACGUCUUUCUCCAUUGUGGUAUUUUUUAUAUAUCAAAUGUACAUUUUUUGAUGUUCAAGCUUUUCACUCCUGUUAGAUUUGUAUUGCCUUGUUAAAUGUUCAUAUAAUCGUAGUCUGAUGUGACCAACCGCGUCCUCUCCUCCUUAUAGUUUCUUCCUCCUUGUUUUUCUGCUCUAAUGAAAGCCAGCUGUGGCGCCCUCGGAGGCGUCGAGCCCUCUUGGAACAACGGCAGCCACGUUCAUUCCCUUUAGCCCCGUGACGUUAGCAAGAGGCGGCUGCUCACAGAUUGUUUGGUUUUUAGUGUGAGUAUUUGUAUUUGUUUCUUGUACAAGGUGAACAUAUAGCAUACAGUGCAGCUGGAACCAAUAAAUAAAACUUACUGUUCUGAUUGAU